CUGGCAACUCUCUGUGUAAAAUGGAUGUAGAGAUCCCCACAUUGGCCCAUCUCUCUUCUCUGCAGAAUUUUAUUUUACCAAAAGCCGUGCAUGGUUAUUCAAGCUAUUCUUGUGAAAAGACUGACCUGCCCCUCGAGUGCCCAUUAAUAAUUAAUACUGCUACCUUCUCUCCUCCUACUUUACUUUGCCAUUGAUGAAUUGAUGGAUUCAGUUUCAAUUAGCUGCUGCUUUUGUUUCUAGCGUUGGGUUGGGUCCGUCCGUACGUCGUCGUAUUCAACCGUCGAGAUGGACAGCUCCGCCGCCGCGGUUCGGCCGCAGGAUUACGCCAACAGCGCCGUGCACUACGCCGUCGCGGUUGGAGAUCACGCGGCUCUCAACAAGCUCCUGUCUACCCUCCCUAAAUUGGCAGACAUUAACCAGAUUCGAUCUGAAUCGGAGUCAGUGGCUCAAGAACGACUGGCGGAGCAAAUCGCCGCCGUCGUCGACAACCGGGAGAAUUCUCUCAGAGAGACUCCGCUGCACCUCGCCGUCCGUUUGAACGACUCCGCCGCUGCGCGUGCGCUCGCCGCGGCGGGAGCCAACGCGUCGCUGCAGAACGCGGCCGGGUGGAACCCGCUGCAGGAGGCGAUACUCCGGCGAUGCCCGGAGAUUGUGGCGCCGCUCGUUCAACACCACCAUUUAGCGGCGUGGUCUAAGUGGAGACGGCGGCUUCCCCGCCUCGUCGCCGUGCUCCGGCGCAUGCGCGAUUUCUAUAUGGAGAUCUCCUUCCAUUUCGAGAGCUCGAUCGUGCCGUUCGUCGGAAAAAUUGCUCCCUCCGACACCUACAAAAUCUGGAAGCGCGACGGCAACUUGCGCGCCGACACGUCACUUGCCGGCUACGACGGCCUCAAAAUUCAGCGCGCCAAUCAGAGUUUCCUCUUCCUCAACGACUUCAACCAGAGCAACAAUGGCGACAGAGACAUACCCCAAGGCUCACUCCUCAUCCUCAACCACGACGAGAAGAAAAUCUACGACGCAUUCGAGAACGCAGGUAAUCCAUUAUCAGACUCCGAAAUUUCAAAUUUCUGCAACCAGACCAGCGUUUACCGUCCGGGAAUGGACGUCACAAAAGCCGAAUUGAUCAGCCGUACAAACUGGAGGCGCCAAGAGAAAACCGAUAGCGUCGGAGAAUGGAAAGCUAGGGUUUACGAAAUGCACAACGUCACCUUCUCUUUCCGCUCACGCAAGGUGAACGCAGCCGAGAACAAAGACGAUCCAUUCUCCCCAACCUGCGUGUUACCGCUAGAAAUCGACGAGGAAUCCGACGAAGGUUUCAUCGUCGCCGAGAAUCCUCGAUUCAGCGUCUCCAACGACCGCCACCGCCGCCACAGCAGUUUCGUCAGAGAAGAGAGGGAAUUCGUGACGGUAUCUCGGAAGAGCGUGGACAUAAUCCCCAUCGAUCGCCGGAGGCGGAGCACGGCGGACAGAUUCAUCACACCGCCGCAGACUAAGGAAAAGGAGUACGUGAAAAACCUCCGGCCGACGUUGUGGCUUACGGAACAGUUCCCGCUGAAGACGGAGGAGCUUCUACCAUUGCUGGACAUUCUGGCGAGCAAAGUUAAGGCGGUGAGGCGCAUGCGCGAGGUCCUGACGGCGACAUUUCCGGCGGGGUCAUUCCCCGUAAAGGUAGCCAUCCCUGUGGUUCCUACAGUGAGAGUGGUGAUUACAUUCACAAAAUUCACGGAGCUACCGCCGGCGGAGAGCUUCUACACUCCGGUAUCUAGUCCGGCGCAAUUUGGCGACGAAGAGCGCAGUGGUUCCGGUGGAUUGUCGUCUUGGCUGAGGGGCGGCGUUAGCCGGCACCACCAGCCAAGUAGCCGACAGCAAGGGGAUCCCUUCGCCAUCCCGACCGGGUAUAGCUGGAGCAGGUUCGACGACAAGAACAAGAAAACAUCGAAGAAAUCCAAGUCUAAUAAAUGAAUAUGUGAUCAAGGUUUUAGGUUCCAUAUAGUGAAAAGAGAAGAUAAGAUGACGAUGAUGGAGUAGUGAUUCUAACUUGGAUUCAUUUGUAAGUCACAACAAACAGUAUUGUUCUUGAAAAGCAUCAAUCUGAUGAUUGAUAUAUACACUAUUUUCUAUCCAAA